UUCGCUAAAUAUUAAAAAAACAAAUUUAUUUUCUACGGAAAACAAGAGAAGGGAGCUACCGUCUAAAACCACCGCACCAGCCUUCCCUCUACAUCAGCUUCCGAAUUACAUUUUAUAUUUAUAUGUAUCUACGAUCAUCAACCAUUCUCGUCUCUGAAAUGGGUUUCGUUGAUACUCUCAUUUCUUGAUUUUAAGCAAUUUUCUUUUGUGUAGAGAGCCAAAAGUUUGCAUCUUUACCCAAAAAAAAAAAAAAAAAGUUGGAAACUUUAAUCUCCUCCGUCUUCAGUUUUGUUUGAAUUGUCAAUAUUUGGGUUGUUGUAUUUGGGAAUCUCCGAUCUAAAAAUGGCUGCGAUCACUGAGAGUGUCGAUUCUGGUGUUGGUGAGGGAAUUGAGAAUCGCUUGGUGAAACCGGAGGAGUCUGAUCAAGUGAAGAAACUGAAUCCUGAAGCUAAGGAGUUUAUUCCUUGUUACAAGAAGAAGAUUAAUAAUCAGUCUCUGUCUUCUGGUGAUUUUGCCAUCACUAAGAAGCAUUCUGGUAAUGAAAAAAGUUUGAUCUUUUCUUUUGGUUUUUGUGGAUUACAGAGAAGAAACGGUUAUAACCAAGGGAGGAAAGUUAGGUUAAGUGGAAGAGGUUCAAAGGCUCAGAGAGAAGAUAGUAUUAGAAGAACAGUCUAUGUGUCUGACAUUGAUCAGAGUGUGACUGAGGAAGUCUUAGCUGGAUUGUUCAGCAGCUAUGGCCAAGUUGUUGAUUGUCGAAUCUGUGGAGAUCCAAAUUCAGUUCUUCGCUUUGCGUUUGUUGAGUUCUACGAUGACCAAGGCGCAAGGGCUGCUUUGAGUGUCGGUGGGACAAUAAUAGGUUAUCACCCAGUUAGAGUAUUGCCUUCAAAGACUGCUAUUCUUCCAGUGAAUCCCACAUUUCUCCCCAGGUCAGAAGAUGAAAGGGACAAGUGUACAAGAACCAUCUACUGCACUAAUGUCGACAAGAAUGCGACUGAAGAUGAUGUCAGAAUCUUCUUUGAGUCUGCCUGCGGUGAGGUUACUCGCAUAAGACUUCUUGGUGACCAGUUGCAUUCUACUCGCAUAGCUUUUGUUGAAUUUGCCAUUGCAGAUAGUGCAGUUGAGGCGCUCAACUGCAGCGGAGUAGUUUUAGGUUCUCAGCCGAUAAGGGUAAGUCCUUCAAAGACACCAGUGAGAUCACGAUUCACUCGAUCACCAUUCACAAACUAGGAGAGAAACAGAACCCAAGAGGCUUUGUUGAUGAAGGAUAGUAGUGAUGCAAACACUUGGUUUUUCAUUUGGCAUUUUAAUUAUUUUCUAGAGCAGAGUUAUAUCUCCCCAGUUGUGUAGUAUGUGGAGACAAAACCAACAAUCAACACACUUGUGAGUUCUUUCUCAAAAUGGAAGAAUAUUAGUUUCGUUUUUGGUUGAUUCUUAGUU